AACUCUGCUGGAAUGCAGUCCCUACUCCUGCAGGCGUUGGGUUCUAGCUGGGCUUGGCUCCAGUGCUAGUGCGCAUGUACUAAUUGGCUCCUGAAACCGGAACUAGCAAGAUGUCAGCCCCCACGAAUCGCCGUAUGGGACACUGAGUAGAGUACUUGAAAACAAUGGUCGGCCAUCUUGGAGGCUGUCUCUAGUUCUUAUUAUAGCUCAGCGGAUCCAAUUACGGCCUGACUGUCAUUAACAGACGGGACAAAAUGCAAUAUUGUCCAGAACCGUGAUUAGAUAUCAUCUCCAGUUGAAAUUCCACACACAUCCCAGGACGGGAAAUACCGCAAUGAGUACAGGAGGACAGGUGUCAUCUCUUGAGGAAUUUUUUGCUUUUCAUCUGAUUUAUUCGUUUCCAUUUUACUAAGGAACAAACACGACAAUGGGACUGUGCUAUAGCCUGCGUCCUAGUCUUGACGAACCCGGUGAUAACGAUCAGGCGGUGGACACCUCUAUACCGUUACGCUCCAAGGACCUUGUUCACGAGGAUACAGAGGCAUAUAAUGACUUGUCACCGUGCCGUCGUUGUUUGUGUCACCGCAGGGGCCCUGGCAAAGGCAAACCAUUUGCGGGAGAUGCCGGUCGAGGGGACACGACUGACGGCGUGCCCAUACAGAAUGGGGGCGGUGGGGGAGCAGACCGCAGUCAGCGACAGCAAUUGCUGCAGAAAACGCUCAGCAAACAGACAAACAAGGACAAAAAGUUAUCGGAGGAGGUCAAAAAACAGGCGAAGAAAGUCAGUAAACAAAUCGAUCUAACUCUGAAGGAGCAACAACGGGAAUACGAGCAGACUCAUCGUCUGCUUUUACUUGGGGCCGGAGAGUCUGGGAAAAGCACGAUUGUCAAGCAGAUGCGGAUUCUGCACGUCAAUGGCUUUAACGCAGAAGAAAAGAAACAGAAGGUCCUGGACAUCCGGAAAAAUGUGAAGGAUGCCAUCGUGACGGUAGUUUCGGCGAUGAGCACGUUAAUACCCCCAGUUCCAAUAGGUAACCCAGCGAACGAGUCCAGAAUUGACUACAUCAAAAGUAUAGCACCUCUCUCGGACUUCGACUACACAGAGGAGUUCUUCGAGCAUGCCAAGCAGCUGUGGGACGAUGAAGGCGUGAAGGCUUGCUUCGAGCGCUCCAACGAGUACCAGCUCAUUGACUGCGCACAGUACUUCUUGAACAAAAUUGAGUCUGUGAGGUCGAAUGACUACACACCAACAGAUCAGGACUUGCUUCGCUGCCGAGUUUUGACUUCAGGUAUUUUUGAAACAAGAUUUCAAGUCGACAAAGUGAACUUUCAUAUGUUUGAUGUAGGCGGCCAGAGAGACGAGAGGAGAAAAUGGAUUCAGUGCUUUAACGACGUGACGGCCAUCAUCUUUGUGGCGGCAAGCAGCAGUUAUAACAUGGUCAUAAGGGAAGACAACAGCACCAACAGACUCCGGGAAUCACUGGAUCUCUUCAAGAGCAUCUGGAAUAACAGGUUUCUACGGACCAUUUCAGUCAUCCUGUUCUUAAACAAGCAGGACAUGUUGGCUGACAAGAUCUUAGCAGGGAAAUCCAAACUUGAAGACUACUUCCCUGAGUAUGUUCGCUAUACAGUACCGGCUGAAGAGACGAAGCACCGUUGUUGUUGCUUCACAGUGAAGGACUUCCAAACCGAUCCUCAAGAUGUAUUCAAAGCCGUUCCAGACCCUGGAGAGGACCCUAAAGUGACCCGGGCCAAAUUUUUCAUCCGAGAUGAGUUCCUUAGGAUCAGCACGGCGAGCGGCGACGGCAAGCACUACUGCUACCCCCACUUCACCUGCGCCGUGGACACGGAGAACAUCCGCCGUGUCUUCAACGACUGCCGAGACAUCAUCCAGAGGAUGCACCUGCGCCAAUACGAACUCUUGUGAUUGGUUGCAGCCCACCAUCCAGUCAGUGCUCUGCCAAUCCCGGCGCAGUUUGAUUCCACUCCCAAAACACAAGGCCCUGUUACCAGGGGGACCAGGAGAACUACUGAAGCAUCACAAUGCUGUCAUUUUGUUUGCCAUUGUUGGUUUUUUCUAUUUUGUUUUCUCCUUCCUUUGUUCUUUUAUUUAUGGCCCAUCUUGACUUUAUUUUGUAGGUCUAAGCAGGGAUGGGACAUUGUGUGUGUGCCUCAUCUUUUAUUUCCAAUGCCUUUAUUCUGUUCAUUCCACUAAGCCUUUUUAGACAUUUUUUUUUUUGACUAGUCUUCUGUCAUUUCUGUUGUUUGAUCUGGACCAGCUGAAGUUGUUAAGAGGGUGUGUGUGCGUGAGAGUUGAGGGAUCUCAUGGACUCCUGUGUAUGCUGGUUCCUCCCAACACUUUUCUCUCUCUCUCCCUCUUUCUCUUUCUCGAGUACUUGAUGAAGGGGUGGGUGGGGCAGGCAGCAGAUGUAUCAGGUAACUUAAUGCCGUCAAGGAAGUAUACACAUGAUGUAGCACCGUGAUAUUUAUUACUCUGUCACUUUUUGUUUAUUUUGUAUCAUUUUAUUGCAGGAUGAUGGAGUGCGAGGCUUUCAGGCUGUAGAUUUAGCAUAGAGGGGGUGGGGCUUGUGGGAGAAUAGGAGGAUGCUGGGAGUUUCAGUCCUAUGCACCUCCGGCCUAGAUGGAAAGAGAAAUACCACACUCACUUUGAUUUGCCCACAGAUGGUCCUUUUUUACUUAGAUCCUCUUGGGCAAGAGUUCUAUCUAUUAUAUAUAUAUAGAUCUGUUUUUGUUGAUUAUCUUGUACAGACUGCAAAAUGUAAUGUUAUUUUGUACAACUUUAUUGAGAAAAAAACUACUUGUAGAAGAUCUUUGUGCCUUGAUAAUGGCUGUACCUGUAAAUUGAGCUCUGAUGUAUGUUGUUGACUGCGCUGUACAGCUUGAUGUCAAACUCUAUCUGACAGUAGAGACUGCAGGUAGGGCGUCUCUCUCUCUCUCUCUCUCUCUGUAGAGGUACAUUUUUCUGGUUUAUAAAAAAGGAAAAUGUUCUUUAGUAGAAAAAGGAGGAAAAAUUUGCGAGGGGUUAAAAAAACCCACACGGAAAUCCUGUAUACAUUAUGCAAAUUAACCACUUACCUACCGCAGUGACCCCAGGUCGCAGCCAGAGACAUUGCCUUCAUCCUCCUUCGUUUUGACGGUGAACAUUUCAAUUUUUGUUUCUGAUUCUCAGCUUUAAUACAUUACAAGAUCAAUUGACGUG